AUGAAGUGCCAGCAGUAUUUCUGUCGCACGCGUUGGUGCGCAGGCGUCCACUUCUUGGGACGACUGCAGAUGCAGUCGGCCCAGAAGACAAAAAAGCCAAGACUCUUGCUGCAGCUGAGCAGUGCGCAACAGGUCUUGGCUGCAAUGUUUGCUGGUGUUGCCGCGAAGCUCUCAGAGCAACACGCCGGUAGCUGGCUCGUGCUUCUAUGUGUUUCGUUCUCAGGAUGGAGAUGGCGAGCUUUGCGCACCAUGCAAGACGGUUGGACCAAGCAUGCCGUGCAUGUCCGGAUGCCGUGGUCUGUCACAAGGUGGGGCUGCCAGAGGAUGGCCAACACACGUGUGGAUCCGACCAAGAUGCAGCGGUGUAGAGACUACUGUUUCACCCAGCCUCGUUGGGCAGGUCAGAAAGGGGCCCAGGUUGCGAUGAGCAUUUGGAGAUGGGUGAUCUCUGGAGAUGCUUUGCCCAUGCCGAUAGCAGAGCUGGGGGAGUUCUUUCCCCGCGUCAAGCAAGGCAUUGAGGCCCCAGUCAUGAUGCUGAUUCGCAGCACGGGCGCAGACAAAGUGCUGACGCCAGUUGUGGAAGCCUUCACUGGAGACCUGGUGUCCCAAGUGAAGGCCGACGCCCGAACGCGGGUACUGGAGCCGAUGGUCCUGGGCUACUACACUGACGGGGCUGUGGCAGGAGUGCACUUGCCAUUGAGCCUUCGCAAGCAGAAGCUCGUGUCCAAAGACGAGCGAACUAUGAUCGUCGUCCUCGUUCCCACCAAGUUUCCAACAAUGGCGACAUUUCAACACGAAGGAUACAACAACACGAUCUUUGCGCCGUGGCUCUACAGAAAGCAACUGAUGGAGUUCCUCCACAGCCUCAUGGAGCGCCCACCACCCGGCAUAGAGCUGCAGCUCACGGGCAAUCCUGUGAUCGAAUACGAGAGGUUCUUUGACCGCAGCAUUGAGUUGCUGAUGCACGCCGAGGUCUUUUGUUUACCUCUGGCACUCUUCAUCUUCUGCCGCCUGGUCGGAGAGAUACGGCUCUUGGUUCUGCCUCCUCUCAUCGUCGUGACGUCUUUAGCUGCGGCCGCGGCACUGUGUGUGCCGUUGGCGCGGUGGACUCCGUUGUCGCCGGAUGUGCCGCCGACGAUGCUCUCGGUGCUUCUGGCCCUGGGUUUGGACUAUGCCCUCUUCAUGCUGACGCGCUUCGAAGAGAACAGAUCGAGAGACAUGGAGUUGACGGAGAAUGUGUCCAUCCUCAUUUGCGAGACAGGGCACACGAUCCUUGUAAGCGGAAGCCUCAUCGCCAUCGCUUUCUUCGGCGCGCUCACACUUCCGGAGCGGAACCUGCACAGCGCUGGCGAGGUGCUGGGCAUCACGGUGGUGUGCUGCAUGCUCUUCAGUGUCACCCUCUGCCCGGCGUUGCUGUUGCUGUUCGGGCGAUGGCUGACAGCACCGGCGUGCAGUAGUGAUCAGGAGGAGUUUUCCGGCAAGCUCAGCGGCAGCGAGCGGGAGGCCCUCUUCAGUGGUGAGACACACGUCCGCUACAAGGGCUGGUUUCGGCUGAUGCGGCUGGUGCAGCGAUGGCCCCAUGGGGCCGUGGCUGCCGUGUUUCUCCUCUUUCUGCCGGUGACGUGGCAGAUCCCACGGCUGCACGGAACAGCUGAUAUCUAUGCGGCGCUGCCCAAAGACAUGCCGAGCGUUUUGGCCAUGAGGCAGCUUGGGGCGGAGUUUCCCGCCGGCCGCUUCGACCCCUACACGGUCGUGCUCCGCGACCGCGACAGCAGCGCUACGGGGCGCCCCAAUGCGCUGAUGACGGAGACGGGCUUUGAGGCCAUGCUUCAGCUGUGCAACAUGCUGGAUCAGAUCGGCUCGGUCGAUUCCAUUCUGGGCCCGGUGCGGCUGCUGGAUCAGACCAUAGACUGGCAGAAGGCCCAGCUCUACCGCUCAGAAGUGGGGCCGGCGUCCAUGCACGACAUCUACAAGACCUUGCUCGACACGCACGUCAACGGAUCUGCGGUGCUUCUGCAGGUCUUUGUGGAUUUCCUCCCUCGCGGUCCUCGUGGUGCUGCCUGGCUACGGGCGGCACGCAAGGGCCUGCGGCUGUGGGAAGGCCUGCAUCCGUCCUUCUCGGCCUCGCUCGGUGGGGGUGCGGCCCUGGUGGUGGAUGCGCAGGACACAGUCAUGCAGUCAGUUCCCAUAUACCUCCUGGUCUCUGUGCUCUUGAUCACACUGGUAGUGCUGGCCAUCUUCCGGAGCGUUGUGCUCCCCCUCAGACUGGCGUUCGCGCUGUUGUUCACGUUGGCUGCCACGUUCGGCAUCGCAGUGCUGGUCUACGAGACACCGCUGCUGCAUGGCUUGUUCCCGUGGCUUGCUGAUUACAGCGGCCUGUGUUUCGAGAUCGUUCCCAUUGCCGUGAGCGUGGCGAUUGCAUUGGGGCUGGACUACGACAUUUUCCUCGUGAGCCGGAUCGUGGAAUUCCGGCUCAAAGGCUUUACAGACAGCUCCAGCAUCGUCUAUGGUGUCGCGAGCACUGGCGGGAUCAUCUCCGGUGCAGGCUUGAUCAUGGCCUUAGCCUUCUCUGGCCUGUUUUUCUCCUCGAAGCUUCUGCACCAGCAGCUGGCGCUGCUGCUGGUGACAUCGGUGCUGCUGGACACUUUUGUGGUGCGGACCGUGCUGGUCCCCGCUUUGAUGCUCUCCGCCGGAGAUUGGAACUGGUGGCCGAGGAAGAUGCCCUCAACGAAGCCAUCGCCAGGUGCCUGGGAGCUCAUGAAAAACGAAGAAGAGAUGGAAUCGGACUGA